AGCUUAAGCACUCGAAAGAAAUCGCAGAAAUAGCUUAUGAUCUGAGUGCCAAAUAGUGGUUAGGCCUACAGGCGCAAGCGGGCGAACUGAACUAACUUGUAGGCUUUCGAACAAGAAGAGUGACGACAGACUGGCCAAACCUUCAUUCCAAUUAGGCUACGCACAUCCUGGUCUACUAUUACGGCACUGUAAUUAUAAUUCUUACAAAAUAGUCUAGGCCUACGCAGUGGCUGGCGAUGAGGUCAUGUUAGGUAUUAGGCUAUCUUGUUUCAUCUCAACGCUUGAGCUAUAUUUCAAAAUCGGGUAAACCUAGACCGGUUUGCCUGCUGUGGCCCACAUGUUCGAAAGUGUGAAACCGGUAGAACAGGACUGAAUUCAGGCUUCUACAUAAACCCUGUGCGGUCGCCAGUCGUCGUACUUCAGCUGAACAGAACCGUCGGUGUACCGGACUUUCAUGAUGCUGCUUUUAAUUGCCUCAGUCGUUGUACUUGUCGGAGUUUACGUGCUUUUGGUGGAAACCGUCUUCAAGAGCUCAAAAUGCAGGAGUUCAUCUGACAUGAUUGGGAAAACAGUUGUCAUAACAGGGGGAAACACUGGAAUUGGGAAAGCCACUGCCUGUGAAUUGGCUAGGAGAGGAGCCAGGGUCAUCUUGUCCUGCAGGAACAGGCAAAAGGCAGAGGAGGCUAUUAAGGAUAUCGAGCGAGAGACUGGAAGCACUGAUGUGGUCUACAUGCAGCUAGACCUGGCAAGCCUCAAGAAUGUCCGCAGCUUUGCCAAGACCUUCCUGAAGACUGAGUCCAGAUUGGAUUUACUUAUCAACAAUGCCGGUCUUGUGGGAGAUGGGCGCACUGAGGAUGGUUUUGGGAUCCAGUUCGGGGUCAACCAUCUGGGUCAUUUCCUGCUGUCAUGUCUUCUACUGGACCGCCUGAAAGAGGCCCCUUCGAGCCGCAUAAUCACCCUAUCUUCCAUGGCCCACCGCUGGGGCAAGAUCGACUUGGAUGCCCUCGAGGCCAACAAACACCUGGGCACCGGCCAUUACAGCUGGCAGUUCUUCAUGGCCUACUGCAACAGUAAACUGUGUAACGCUCUGUUCACCCAUGAGCUGGCCAAGAGACUGAAGGGCACCAACGUCACCUGUUAUAGUGUCCACCCUGGCGUUGUGAAGACGGAGCUGUCUCGCCACGUCAGCCUGUGGCAGAUGGUGAUCGUCGACCCCAUAUCCCGGCUCUUCUUCCUGGACACCAAGGCCGGCGCCCAGACCACCCUGCACUGUGCCCUGCAGCAGGGCAUCGAGCCUCUGAGCGGACGCUACUUCUUCUGCUGCGCCGAACAGGAGCCGUGCUCCAACGCAAGGGACGACGCCAUGGCCAGGAAGCUGUGGGAUGUCAGCGAGAGGUUGUGUGGACUGAGUGAGUCGUCAUGAGGAUUACCAAAGGCACUUUGAGCAAAGUGGAAUUGCUCACUUCCUAGUGAUGAGUGUUUUGAGGACACUUGUGUUCUUUGGGAACAUCCGGCUCUUCAUGUAGAUCACGAUGGAGCAAUGAUUGUGGUGUUUUCUCAUGACUGUUGAAUAUUUUGUUUUCACAUUGUGACUUUUUUUAUACUUAUAUAUAUAUAUAUUGAUUAAUUCUAUGUAUUGUGUAAAUAAACCUAUGGUUAUUAAAGGUUA